AUGUAGAACAAUAAUAAACAAAUUAGAGAAUCUUGGAAAAUGUCAUUAAUCAAUAAAUUUGGUUUGACUUAAGUCAUUGAACAUAAUCUCAUUUUUUAACCUCCCAAACCUAAUUAUCAUAUUAAAAAUAGCUAAGAUUUUAAUGGUUUACAAUUCAGUGUGGAAAUUAAUGGUAAUUGGAAUGAUUUAAAUAAAUUAUGCAAUCUCCAAUAUAGAGUUUCCAUCUUAAAGGAAGUUUAAAAUAAUGUAACUGUAUCAUAUGUUCCUAUAAUUCAUUAUUCAUGUAAUUCAGAUAGAGUAAUUAUUUUAUCUCAUAGCAAUGCUAUAGAUUUAUUCUUAGCAUCUAAAUGGGGUGCUAAAAUAUGUGAAUUAUAUUAAGUUGAUGUAAUGUGUUAUGAUUAUUCAGGAUAUGGAAUUACAAAAAAAACUAUGAAACCAUCAGAGUAUUAUCUUAUUAUCUAAUAGAUUGGGUAUUUCGAGAGAUCUCUCAAAUGUUGUGGCUCUGGCUUAAAAUUAAUAUAAUUACAUAUUCUUAUGGGGAUUUUCAAUUGGUUCUUAUCCAACUGUUGAUGUUGCAACAUAAUUCUAACUUUCUGGAAUCAUUCUAUAAGCUCCAUUAGCAUCAUUGGGAAGAAUUAUAGACAAUAGAAAUUCUUUUUAUUCAGAACAUGAUAAAUUUUCAAAUUAAUCUAUCAUCAAUAAAAUCACUGCUCCUAUCUUGAUCUUUCAUGGAACCAAGGAUACAAUAAUAAAAAUUAAUCAUUCAGAAUAAUUAUCUAAAUGUUGUUAGAAUUUAUUUGCAUUCAUAAAAGUAGAGGGAGCAAAUCACAAUGAUAUUGGAAUUGCAGCUGAAACUUAAGAUUCAGAUGUAUAUAAAUCUAUAAAGUAAUUAUUACAUAAUUAAAACAUACUUCCAAUAAAGAAAGUGUUUGAAUUAUCAUUAAAAUUUGAUAAUUUAAUUAUUAUUGAUUAAAUUGGAGAAUAAAAAAUAUAUUAAAGUAAUCUACCAUCUUAAAUUAAGAAAGAAAUCAAUAAAAAACAUGAUAAAUAAGGUUGUUCAUUAUUUUGUACAAAAUUUUGA